CACGGUGUCGUCAGUUCCGUAAAGCGUUUCUCGCCUAGAGAAGAAGACAGAGGACUAUUUAUGAAGGGACCGAAAAUAAACAUAGCUGGAAGCAGACUUUACCCGGUUAUGCCAUUAAAAUAUUUUUGAACACGAGUAUUACAUUUUUAUUCCCGGUUGUUGUUUUUUCGUGUUGGACUGACAGAAACACACACCAGUCCCCUGCAAGCGGCGCAUGAACUGGGAUGCACUGACGUUAGCCUGUUAUUAGCUUGCUUACUUGCUAGCUUGCUGAAUAGCUCUGUUUUUACGACGGGACCAAGCACACCGACGUAGUGCAUUAUGACAGACAGCAUCAUGAGUAAAGCUGCCACCAUGGAGAUUCCAAUCAACAGUAAUGGAGACACUGGGACUCUACCAGAGGACGACAGCCUGGAGCAGGCUGCAAAGCUUCAGUGGAGCUUAAAUGAGAAGGUAGGGAGCUCCAGAGGCACCAGGGAUCUUCAGCAGGUGAUGGUAUCCGGUCCCAACCUCAAUGAGACCAACAUCGUAUCGGGGGGUUACGGCGGAACAGCAGAGGGCAUCAUCCCUACCAGCUCUAUCAAAGACCUGCGUAUGAAGGCCAGGCGAGGUAGCAUUCCCUCAAGCAGCUCUGCUACCUGCCACAUAGCAAACCAGUCACAUCAUUACCAAGGUUCAGGCAUGCACCACAGCAGCAGCAGCUCAUCAAUGACAGCAGAGGAAGCAACCCGAGGUGUGGCCGUGGAAAAACUGGAAUUAAUGAAGAAAUGGGGUCUCAACACCUACAAGUGUACAAAGCAGAUGAUCUCGGAGCGCUUUGGUCGGGGCUCUCGAACGGUGGACCUGGAGCUGGAGGCCCAGAUUGAGGUGCUGAGGGACACUAAGAGGAAAUAUGAGAAUGUGCUGCGAUUGGCCAGAGCGCUGACCAACCACUUCUACAGCAUGGUGCAGACGCAGCACGCGCUGGGCGACACCUUUGCUGACCUCAGUCAGAAAUCUCCAGAGCUACGGGACGAGUUUGGCUACAACGCAGAGACCCAGAAGUUGCUGUGUAAGAACGGGGAGACUCUACUCGGUGCCAUUAACUUCUUUGUGUCCAGCAUCAACACACUGGUCAACAAGACAAUGGAGGACACUCUGAUGACCAUCAAGAUGUAUGAAAACGCAAGACUGGAAUUUGAUGCCUACCGGUCAGACCUGGAGGAGCUGAGUAUGGGUCCGAGGGACGCAGUAGCCAUGGCCCGUAUAGACACUGCACAGCAACAGUAUCAGGUCCAUAAGGACAAGUACGAACGCCUCCGCUCAGACGUCACCAUUAAACUCAAAUUCCUGGAGGAGAAUAAGGUGAAAGUGAUGCAUAAGCAGCUACUGCUUUUCCAUAAUGCCAUCUCAGCGUACUUCGCAGGCAACCAGCAGCAGCUGGAGCAGACGCUGAAGCAGUUCAACAUAAAGCUGAGGCCUCCAGGGGCCGACAAGCCUUCCUGGUUAGAGGAGCAGUGAAAGGGCCUGCUGGGCCCCAGUCUCCUCCUCCACCACCUCCACUUGUUACCUGUUGAAAACCCCCACCUUACAGAGGACCACUGCAGAGCCAGAUGUGUAUGGCUACAUGGGUGGCUGUAGAUAUAAGAUGAACAUGUGACUGGAUGAUUGCGACAGAUGGGUGUUAGGAUAUGAUGAAUUGGCUAACCAAGUGGCCAGUGUUGUGAACAGUCAGGGGGCUUUUAGUGCCUCUCUUCCUGCGCCCCUUUUUUCACUCUAACUCUGUUCUUGUCCUUUGUUCCUCAAGUAACUGUUUCUCUCUCUCAUACUAAACUGUCUGACUUUUUCCCUUUAUUUCUCAACACUAUUUUACUCUGUGAGUUUGUGAUAGUCACUUUAAUGGCCAUUACUGUACUCCUCAAGUGCUCCCAAGUGCUCUGAGGGUAAUUUCUACACCACAGCAUCUUAACAAGAAAGAUGAGAGCAGGCAAAAUGGUAAAACCAUUAGGAUUAGAAGAGACCCUCAAACAUAGCCAACGAACACUCUUCCAGACCUUAUCAUUCUCCUAGUGUGCCUCCUUAUAUGUGCUGAUAUAUCGAAUGAACAUGUGACCUGGAGAAAGAAAGAUUAGUAUGAAUAAAAAUACAGUAUGGUUUCCAACUCUAGAAAUGAAGGAUCUGUACGGUACACUGUAAACAGAAUGUCCAGACAUUUAAAAUCAAUGUGCAUUUCAAAUUAAGUACUGUUUAAAAUAUUAUAUGAUUGUUUGUAGUCUGGAACACAAAAUGUUGUGUUUAGCCUAGUUUUUGUUUAAUUUGAAUGUCAUCUUUAUAUUUGCUACUGUAAGUUAAUCAAAUCAAUUCUAGUCAGCUGUAUCCUAUGCUUCAGAGCAGAGGACAAUAUACGGGCAAUGUGUGCUGGUGUUUUGGGAUGCAAGUACUGUUGUACUUAGUCUGUUGUGUACAAAUUUGAAAUUGUAACCUGAAAACUUGUAAGUCUUUGACUUCAGAUGGUAUAUGCAAUGACCAUUUACAAAACACUGCCACAGCUUCCCAAAGCCAGACUGGUUUUGGUCUUUUGUUUUGUUCACCCAAAGAGACUGAAGAGAGAUGUAUGAAACUGAUCAAGGCCCUUGCAUGGCCUGUUUUUAAAAUGACUAAGUAUCAUCUAUGGUUGAGAAGGAUUUGAUGCAGGUUUGUCCCAUGGAUGGCUGAGAGUAUGCCAUUUUCUCUAAUUAGUUCCGCCUCUGGUUUAAGAUGUGCUAAUCUUUGAAAUUUAAUGAUCUUUGGUUGGGUUGGAAUAAAACCUGGACUACAUUUGUAAUGGGAUAUGACCAUACUAAACAUGGCAUAGAGUUACACACACUGUAGUGUGUAUGGUGAGAGUACUGUCUCAUUCUGAAAAUGGCCCUGCAUACUCAGCACUCCAUGACAUGAUUUCCUGUCCCUGCUUUGAAGGAGAACCAGUCAAAAGAUAAAUGAGUCAGUCAGUCAGUCCUGCUCCACCAAACUUGAAUGGAUUCACUACAUGAUUUAAUUGUUUGAAGGACUAUCUACCUAUUUAGAGAGAAUUACAUAUGUUUUGCUGUUUUUCUGUAUUGUUUCAGAAGGACACGUUCCAGCAGUGAGAUACAUAUCUUUGUUUUCAAUCCAUUUGUGUCUCCUGAGGUUUGCAGGUCCAGGUCCCUUUGGGUUACAUCUUGGACCUAUCGUUCUAGUCAAUUUCAAAGCAAAAUAUAUACAUCUAUGAUUACGUUUCUUCACACUGAAGAUUAAUUACAUAACAUGACUAAUGCCACUGUAACAUUAAAACUUGUAACUCAAUAGUUAGGAAUUGGGAUAACACUAGGAAUUUAUCAUUUGCUUAUCUACUUUAACACAAACAUUGUCCCAGUGUAACCAGUACACAAUCAUCUAUGGUUGACAAUGAAGAUAAGGUAUUACCACAAGUUAAUAGCAUGGUACAAUGUAUGUAAAGUUGUAUUUUUUUAAUACAUCACUAUAUAUUUAUUAGGUUUAUCAUACAUGUUAAUCUGUUGGAAUCAACAUUGUGCAGUACAAUUAAAAUUCUGUUUUUCGCAAUAAUACAAAAUCCAUGGGUAUAAUAACAAUAAUAUGGGUAAACUGAUGAAGCCAUUUGACAUGAAAUGAUUUCAUGGAAAAAUCAAAUAAAAAACAUCACAUGCUUAGGGUCAUCCAAAUCUAUAGUUAGUAUAUUUGGUUGGUGGGUGGUUUCAUUUACAAAGAAACGGAUAGAAAUAAAUACCUGCUUUUGACUCAUAGCAGAAUCUUAAAUGUUUUUUUUUUUCUUUACACUUGAGGAACAGUGGUUUUGUUUUUUGCCUAAAGCUCUGUGAAGUCAAAUUAAGGGUAUGCUGAUAUGCAGUGUAAAGAAUGUCUUUUUAAACCAUGCUGCAUUAAACUCAUGAGAACUUCCACUACCAGAAGGGAGAACUCCAUGAGAUCUCCAUCAGUCCUUCAGCGGCUUGUCUCCUGUGUAUUUGCAUGGCAGGCAGUGUUCCAAAGUAUGGGUGUCGGUGUACGUGAACGCAGAGAGGCUCUACUCUUGGCACUCUGUUUUUGCCAGCUCGCAUGGACUGGCACAAUGCCAUGCUUUCAGUUAUUGAUUUAAACUUGAGUCUGGGUGGAGCAGAAUGCAUAACCUGGACUUGCUGCAACACUGCACUCUUUAAGAACAGUUAUUCAAGUGGAUUUUGUUUUUUGAGGGAAAGAAAAUGUCAAAAACAGACAGUAAGAUCUGUUCUGCUUCCUGUGUAUGCAGUCUUCUGAAUCCUAACCUGUUAAUUCCCCCAACCAAGUCACUCGGGAGGAUGCUUAGCUUCACUCAUGGCUGGUCCAGAAGCCAAAAAUUUAGUUCCUAAGCCCAACUCCAGCUCUGUUUGACCUUUGUACAACAAGAAAAUGUGACCCUGCUCUUCCAAACCUGCGCCUUCUAAACUCCCAACCUGAACACCCCCAGUGACUUCCAAAUAGGAAUAAUUUAUGUAGUUUGUGAGAACCGAAAUGAUAAGCGUAGUGAAGAAAGUGUGGCAAAGAUUUAAUGUCACUCUUGCAGUCUUUCAAUUAUUGCUGACAGACGCGAGAUUUAUAAAAUGAGAUUUUAUUUGUGUACAAUCAAUAUUUUGUAGGCUGAGCUGGUGUAUUGUACAGUAUGAAUGAGUGUACAUAAUGGUAUUUAAGAUGAUAAAAGAUGGAAAGUUGUGUGUUAUGGAUCGAUGUGAUAUUUUGCCUUCAUUCCUCUCAGUCAGACCUGACACCUCCCACCCCACCCCAAGGGAACAAUAUUAAAAAGUACAUGUUUUCAAAUG